AUGCGGGGCAUGUCAGCUAAGAAACAUCGAUUGCGUGUACCCGCAAGAUACUCGGAGAGCGGUCAGAGGCUGGGUGAGCUUACAGAGCAGUCGGCCACCGCAAGGCCCUCAGAUGGUAGCCUCCACACGGCCGAGCUUCAAGGUCUCGGAGUAUCACAGCCAGUCCCGGUGACCCCAGUGCCCACCCAGGCCUCCCUGAACCAGUCUGAUACUGUACAAGAGCGUGACAACUAUCAUGCCUCGCAACAUAAAGGGACGCAAAUUUCUGUAGAAGGAGAAAGCCAUCAGGCUAGGACCAACGGCCUCCCUUUCUCCUACUUAAGAGGACAACAAAGGCUUGAGGCGGCCCAUUCCCCACAAAUUGAUUUGCCAGAAGAUGGACCACAGGUAUAUGGUGCGACAAGCUUACUUCAUGACCAGUCAUCGGAUACACCUCUAGCGAAUCGAAAAAAUCGGGAUGCCGAGACGCCAUUUUUACCAGUGGAAAUAGUUCGGGAUCAACUGAUUUCGAACGCAGCGAUCCGCAGACAGGAGGAGCUUAGCCUGAAAUUGACACCAAGUCUCGGAUCUCGCAUUGAUUUUGAUGGUGUUCCAAUGGAUUUGGCAAUGCAUCUUUUCGAAUUGCAUUGGAACCGCCAACACCUCUCAUACCUGCUCACCUAUCGCCCUGCCAUAAUGGACAGCCUUGUCAACAAUGGCCCAUAUAUGAACAAGCUACUAUUGAAUGCAAUUUAUUUGCAAAGUAGUCUGUACAGCGAUCGGACAUCCUCCUUCUUUAACCAUCAGACGUCGAAUGCUAAGGGGCUGUUAUUUUAUGAGCGCUUCAAGUCUCUAUUGCCUAACUACCUCGAUAACCCCACAAUCCCGACGGUCGUGGCUUUAUUAACAUGUGGAGCAUGCCUGGUCCCCUAUGGCCACCAAAGUGCCGGGUGGGCGUUGUCUGGGAUGGGUUACCAGAUGGUUAUUGACCUUGGUUGUCACCUAGAGAGCUCAGCUUCUUCGAGAUGUACAGCUAUUGAGCAAGAGAUGAAGAAGAGGAUUUACUGGGCUGCAUUUGUCGGUGAUAAACUUCAGUCUCUGUUUCUCGGUCGACCAUAUACUAUGCACGAAUCCAAUGGGACUGUAUCGGAAGCUUACCUAGACUGUUUCGAGGAGAUGGAAGAGUGGAAACCGUAUGCUGAUACCGUCUCUCAACCUGUUGAUUCUCCUGUUCAAUCUUACCAAGGCCGGCCAUCUCAUGCCAUCAGCACAUUUCACUCCUUGCUGCAACUUUGCAAGAUUGCAGCUCACAUAAUAGAGUCAUUUUACUCCGUAAGGAGCUCAGCAAUCUCAGAGUUGACUAUCUCCGAGACUCAUCACGAAAUCACAGAGAAACUCAGGGUUUGGCGGGACAAUCUUCCUUCCUGCAUUCGAUUCGACCCGAGUGUGGAUGUCACACCCCCGCCUCACCAAAUCACUCCACACGCUCUUUACUGGACAUUAGUCAUCUUGUCCGAACAGACCUUUCUCAACCGUGGCCACUUCAACUUCACUGUUCAACCCGAGUUAGUAGAAGCUUCCCGAGAAAAAUGCAUCCAGGCGGCGCUCAGUAUCUGGAAGCUCGUGGAAGCCUAUAAAGAAGCAUUCACUCUAAGACGCGCACAGUAUGGCAUAUCUUAUGCUACCUACUGCGCGGCCCUCGUCAUGCUCCAACAUACCAACCAGGACAACGCAGAACACGUCGAAUGUAUUCGAUUUUUCUGGUCUGCACUCUUACAGUAUCAAAAAGGGUGUUGCUAUGGCUUGCAAAGACCGCUGAAGCUACUCAAGUCCCUCAUGCGACGGCUUGAGAGCGUACCGAAUAACACCGAAGCAGAGAGACCAGUUACGAACUGGCCCACACCUACCGUCACUGCACACGACUCUCUUGGCCUUGAGAUUGAACACCAGCUUGAGUUUGACCAAUGGGAUGCCUCUUUGUUAGGCAGUAUCCCUGAUGACAUGAUUUGGGAUGACAACUCUAUUUUUGGAAUGUUCGGCGGAUAG